AACAUGGACAUGAAAAGAUGAAAUUGUAUUCAGUUUGUGUGGAAAGGAGACAUGACGAUCCUUGGUUUGUGGCCACACUGGAGGGUCAUCACAAGCGUAGAACUUGCUCCGUCCCUCCUCGGAGGAAGGGCUCGUCAGUGAGCACAAGCAUCCCGGGUUCCGACAGCCACACUCCCGGGUGUCAGGUGCAGCGGGACUGGUCGGGGUUAGUGUGGGCGUGUUGGGGUUUGUUGUGUGGGAGUCCGAACUCCCUCCCUCGCCGGAAUGGGCAUGAUUGGGGUAGGAGGAGCGGUGAAGGCAGGAAGUGACAGGCAGAGAAAGAGGCAGCAGCACUCAGGUGGGUCGGGGUCCAGGAGCCUUGAGAAAAGGGGGAGCCUGAUGCCCUCAGGCUGGAAGGUCAGGGACAGUGAACCAUGUGGUCUGCGGCGGCCUGACCUGGUCCUCCAAGUGCGAGCCUGCCGGUACAUGACCUUUGCCCAUGGGGAGGUGAUGAAGGCCCGUGGAUGGGGACGGGAGAGGCCCCAGAACCGUGCUGGCAUCACUGAACGCCUCACAACUGCCAAGCAAACAGCAGAUGGGGAGCACGGGACCCCCUCAGCUUCCGGUGCCGCACAGGGUCUGUUGGCCAUGCCUGGAACACACGGGACAUGGGGACCAGAAGCUUCCAGGAGGGGCAGCUGUCAGUGGGGGAACAGGUUCCUGGUGGGACCAUCCAAACAGGAGGAAGCCUGGAGACUUGGUGGUGUGUCUGUGGCAGGACGGAAGGUGGUGUGUCUGUGGGGGCGGUGUGCAUCCGUUGGGGGUGUGGGAGGCGGUGUAGGUCCAUGGCGGGAGGAAGGCGGUGUGUCCGUGGUGGGACAGGACGCAGCGUGCGUCCGUGGGGGGCGGAGGUGGCGUGCAUCCUUGGGAGAAUGUAGUACGCAUGCUCGGGGGGUGACACGGACACGUUCGUUCACCCCCGUGUGGCCACGUGCCGUGAUUCAUGCCACAUGUGGCAGAACAAUGCCGUGGGGACCGGCUCGUUCGCCUGUUUUCCGUUGUUCGGACAUUUACGGUUUAUGCACACUGUGUCUGAAUUUUCACCCCACUGGGGUUGUAGGUCUCACACUUCGGUGGCCCCCACGCAGGCUGCAUGGGCAGCGGAGUCCCGUCCUCACACUCGCUGUGUGCACAUGCCAGGCUUUUGUGUAUUUUUCUUUCUUGGAGUUUCCGGUUAGUGCCUUUUAGUUAACUAGUUAAGUAACGUGAACCGCGCCGCCAGCUGCCCCGUGGGUGCACACGGGUUUCAUGUUCGUUUUGCUCCGAUGAAUAUUUUAUUAGUGUAAACACUUGUGCGAAACCAGAUUCCCGGGUGCUGGUGUCACAUGUCCCUCACGCGCUCUCGGCUGUGCUGAGCGACGUCUGUUUCCUUGCAAGGCGUGAAAGGCCGAGCCACGGGGAAGAUUGACCUUUGAUGUGGAGCCCUGCUCUGCUGCUGCUUUUGAGCAGAAUUAAGUGCAGAUCUCCGUUCCCAGGGCAAACAGGCCAGGCCACCACCCAGACAAGUUCAGAACGUGGGUUUUAAGUGCGCGUGAGGGCCGGGACAGCUAGUUUGCAAAGUUCAACCUUUUUUCUUGGAAGUCUUCAGUGACUUUUUUCUAGAGGUCAUUAUGUGUCAAUAUAUUUCUUUUGCAUAAAACUAAUCACAGAUUCACUAAAAUUAAUGACUAGAAAUGGAAUAUAGAAUAUUAAUUUAGCUGUGUUGCUUCUCGAGGAAAAAUUACCCAGCGUAAAACCCUGGUUGUGUGUGCCUGGAGAGUGUAGUGUAGGAUUCUCGUACGACACGCGUGCUUUUAACGUCUACCUGGGUUGGUAGUUUCGACCUGCAGGAACACGGACCUUACGUGGGUUAGGGUAUAACAGCGAUGUGCGCGCAGUGUUCUUCUGCCUGAAACAGAGGAGAUCCCACUCUUCUAGUAGAAGCUGGUGUAAAUGUGA